CUCUUCUGCUUUUGAACCAUACUCAAAAGCUCAACGUUUCUACUCUUGACUGUGUGCUCUUUGUUAUCUGCGUUCAUCACCACUCUCAGUUACCGAUCUUGUCUUUCACCUCUCUACCUCUGUCUACUCUGGGUCAAUUAGUGCCCAUCAUGGCGUCCCCAGACAUGGACGUGAGCAAUCAUGAAAAACCUCAUGAGUCAGAGGCCUCGUCUUCUACUCAUACCGAUGCUAUCAUUGAUCCGACCACUGAAAAGGCUUUGGAUCAGAAUUUGAAAACCCCUGUGCCUUCUUCGGAUCCUACCGCUGGAACAACUCUCCAUCAGUUGGAGAAUGCUUCCGAAAAAGUGGAGCUGACUGAGGACGAUUGUUACGACCAACUCGGUUAUGCGUUUCCUAGUUGGAGGAAAUGGAUGAUCAUUUCGGUCAUCUUUCUUGUCCAGACUUCAAUGAACUUUAACACCAGUCUGUACUCCAAUGCCCUGACCGGUAUUUCCGAGGAGUUUGGAGUUAGCAUGCAAGCUGCGCGCUGCGGUGCUAUGAUCUUCCUAGUUUUGUACGCCUUCGGUUGUGAGCUGUGGGCUCCGUGGAGUGAGGAGCUCGGCCGAAAGCCAGUCUUGCAGCUCAGUUUGUUACUUGUGAACAUUUGGCAGUUACCCGUUGCCCUCGCCCCCAACUUCGCCUCCAUCAUGGUAGGACGUGCUCUUGGAGGUCUCAGUUCAGCUGGUGGCUCGGUGACUCUGGGUAUGAUCGCCGAUCUUUGGGAGGCGGACGAUCAACAAUACGCUGUGGCUUGUGUGGUUUUUUCGUCUGUUGGUGGCUCGGUGAUCGGUCCCGUUGUUGGAGGGUUCGUCGAGGCCUAUCUGCCAUGGCGGUGGAAUAUAUGGAUUCAGCUCAUCUUCGGGGCUUUUGUGCAGGUGGCACAUUACUUUCUUGUUCCCGAGACUAGGACGACCAUCCUGAUGGAUCGUAUCGCGAAGAAGAAGCGGGAAACCGGCGAGAAUCCGAACAUUUAUGGCCCCAACGAGCUUGUUCCUUUCAAGGAUCGAUUUUCGAUGCGUGAGGUCCUCGCCACAUGGGUUCGGCCGUUCAAGAUGUUUCUGACGGAGCCGAUUGUCUUGACUCUCUCCCUCUUGAGCGGCUUCAGUGACGCUUUGAUCUUCAUGUUUAUCCAAUCGUUCAGUCUUGUCUAUAACCAGUGGGGAUUUGACACCGUGACACUGGGCUUGUCAUUUCUUCCCAUCCUGGUUGGUUAUUUUAUCGCAUGGGCCUCUUUUAUUCCCGUCAUCAGAAGGAAUAUUGCGGAGCGUCGCAAGAAGCCGGACGAUGAACGUGCUCAGUAUGAGUCCCGACUUUGGUGGCUACUUUACACUGCCCCCUGCUUGCCAAUUGGCUUGAUUGGUUUUGCAUGGACCAGCCUCGGACCUCCUGUUCACUGGAUUGGAAGCAUGGUCUUCUCCGCCAUCGUCGGUAUUGCGAAUUACAGUAUCUACAUGGCUACUAUCGACUAUAUGAUUUGUGCCUACGGACCAUACUCGGCUUCCGCAACUGGUGGUAAUGGAUGGUCGCGAGACUUCUUGGCUGGUGUGCUUACAAUCCCUGCCACACCUUUCUUUGAAAACAUCGGCGGCAAAUAUCAUCUCGAAUACGCCUCCACCAUCCUAUUUUGUAUCUCGUUCCUUCUCGUCGUGGCAGUUUAUGUUAUAUACUGGUAUGGUCCAACGCUUCGCAAGCGAUCGCCCUUUGCCCAGCAACUGUCCGACGCCAGAGUCGAGCUCCACACAAUUGGUCGACGUCUGUCGAAAAUCCCCUCCGGCUCUAGGGCAAACUCCUUCGCACGCUCGCAACAGAACGUGCGUGUUCGUACCACCCUCGGCAGUCGCCCUGGAAGUUAUGUGGCGUCCCGCCCAGCUUCAAACGUUAAUUCCCGUGUCAACUCACGCAGGAACAGCCUUACCCACUAGGCGUUGAUACGGACUUUUUACGCAUGCGGUCUUAGCCGCUCGUCUACAUUGCUACGAUAUUAAUGAGACGAUUGAUGAGCGUUAUACCAUACAUGGCCAAUGCAUUUGCUGGUCAUAGUGCUAUUCGUGUUUCUUUUAUCGCCAGCUGAUACAUGCGCUGGUCUAUAGGUAGUUGGUUGCUUUUCUAUUAUUCCCUCCUCUCACCCCCCGCACUUAACUAGGGCUCUGCGUUGAAUAACGGUGAAGAGAUGCAUCUGUCUUACUUUCGAGCGUGUACUAGUACUAGGUUAGUUAAGUUUCCCUGUUUGUCGGCUUGGUUAGCAAGGGUAUUUAGGACGCCCUUCUGGAUGUUUUGGUUAGUUAGGUUUUGCUUUUGUUGGGUGGGUCAGCAAGGG